CACAGAUUCACUUGUCAGUUGAGCAGCGGUGGGAGAGAAAGCUUCUGCAGCGUGCACUAGUUUGGUCUCUCAGAAUUUCGGCACAAAUUUUGUCUACAGACAUGGGUUUGAAAUCGGUUGCGUUCGUGCUGUUUGUGGUCGUAGCAGCAAGCUAUGCCAAGUCGUUGGCUAAUGUCAAGCCCUGUUGCUACCCAGACAAGUAUGAGAUCUCUUCAGGUACUCAGGCUGGCUUGAGCAGGAACGGCAGAGGCACUGGUUACAGUAUCCAGUCCGUGUCUGCUGUUGACGCUACCGCCAUGAAGAUCGGCGAGAAGGGAAUUUUCUUCGAAGAGGACGGCACGGCUCAUGAAUUCCGGAACAUUAAAGAUUAUGCGAAGAAGGAAGAAUACAGAAUUGACCCAAAGGGAGAGCAAUGUGAGGUUGAACCCCUGGAGGAAGACAUGCCUCUCUGCGUUCCUGAAAACGCUACCUUUUCUGACUCGUCCUACCUUGGCAACGACAGCUUGAUUGUCGACUCGUACAUCUAUUUUUACAACUAUCCCGGCUACGUGGUUGGUCAUCAGUCUGUCGGCGUGGCGAAGGAAGGUUGUAUUCCAACCAGUUACACCUUCUCUGGAUCUCUGGGCAAAGGGAGACGCAGAACCGACAUCUUGACCAUUACUGGCUUCUACAACUACAAAGAUGGCAUUUCUGAUGAAGCAUCGUUUUUUGAUGUGCCUGGUUAUUGCGAGACAUCUGUUAACAAGAACGCCGAGCUAUGGGAGUUGCUCCGCUAUAAGCAGGUGCCGAUCCAUUUUUAAAUGCGGCAACAAAGUUUCAUCCAGACGACCUCUGCAUGGGAAUUACUGUUGAAAACGCCAGUAAAACAUCCUUCUUUUUUUAAUUGUAACCUUUCAAAACUUGUACUAAUUUGUAGGCUUCUUAGUUGUUCAUGGGUUUGUACAGAUUCUUCUUUCUUGUCAAAUUCAAAUUUCUAAGUUUAAUGCACUUAUCAGUCCAAACAAAUAUGGUUACGAGACACCUAGUAUAUGCAUACGAAACGUAAUGAAAUUUCAUUUAUUUUUUUUGAAUGACAACCAUUUGCAAUGAAAAUUUCAAAUUUAGUUAAAUCAGAUGAGAUUAUUGCAGCUGAUUUGAAAUUCCACAAUAUGUCACAAGUAAACUUUUCCUCUCAGAUUAUUAUGAAUAUAGUAUCAUUACCAUGAUCAAUCAUUACUCAACAUUGAGUAGGAUGGUAAAAUUUGGCGCCUGUGGGAAAUGAAGAAGUUCACAGCAAACCAAAAUUGUGUAGAUAUUAGAUCCUGACACCUCCAAAUGGGGAUUAUGAGAACCACGUGGUCUGUACCGUAGAUCUUUUCAAAGCAUUGCUUUAAUGAUAAUCUUUUUACAAAGGGCUUUUUACAAUUCCAUUAUUGAUCACUGCGCUAUACAGAAAAAAGCAAAGAUAGGCUUAGCAAAAUUUCAGAGAAAAUAGUUGUAGAUUUUAAAACCCGACUCGGUCUGAAGAUCUUUCUUUUGUCCAACGUAUGUAAGCGUUUGAAAUGCGCCUCUAGGGAGAAUUUGUUUCCUUGGUAUGCACCCAGAAUUAUCUGAUUUAGGAGAAUUGUUGAAAUGUUUUGUGAAAACAGGCGCAUUACGACAUUUUAGGCGAAUAUUGAAUUUGAUAACACAAUUGCUUAAUUAUGACAAGAAGUGUUGAUGGAUUUUCUUUUACUAGAGGAGUGAAAUUUCCCCCGACCCUAACCUGUUUGAACACCACCGCCAAAGAAACAUGACCGCUUUUUAACAUUCAUCCUUGAUAGAGGUUUCCCCCAUCUACUGUACAUUACAGUGACAGAGAAAAAACCAAGGAUUUGUCUACAGUAGAAUUAUAACCAGCUACUGAAAAAAGGUUCAUUAAAUGUAAAUUUGCUUGAGCAAACUAAUUCUUAUUUCGUCUGAAAUAGUUUUUAAGAAUUGACUAAGUAAUUUCCAUUUUCACUGAGCUAUAAUCACAGUACCUUUCUUGGCAUAAUUAUAAUACCCUUUCUACGUUUAAGUGGACAAUCAAUCAUUCUCUCCACACAUGGUGAUUGAAUUUCCUUCCCUUUAUUGAUUCUUCUCGAAAAUGAUCAUUUCUCGGAAAUUGUAUAGUGGGCAAUAAAAAAGAAAUAUAGUUUUUUUCA